UUAGAAGACGUGUGCAACUCCGAUACUAUAAUAAAUACUCCUACUUCAUCUCACCUAUUAAACAAUAGAUCCCUUUUCACAUUCCCGAUUUUCUCAAUCACUUCUCUCAUCACCGGUUUAAUUCGGUGUUGUUUUAGCAUUAUGGGUGCGAUGGAAUUCUUGGGAACACCUGAAGGUCAACUGUUUAUAGCCGUUGCAGUUGGUCUCGUUGGUGUUGGUGCUGCUUAUUUCUUGUUAUCAUCGAAGAAGCCCAAAGUGUGCUUGGAUCCCGAUAAUUUCAAGGAGUUCAAGCUGGUCAACAAAACAUACCUUAGUCAUAAUGUGGCUAAGUUCAGAUUUGCUCUACCUACACCAACCUCGAUAUUGGGACUUCCUAUAGGCCAACACAUAAGCUGCAAGGGUAAGGAUAGUCAAGGUGAAGAUGUAAUCAAACCUUACACUCCGACUACUUUGGAUUCUGAUGUUGGAUAUUUUGAGCUGGUUAUCAAGAUGUAUCCACAAGGAAGAAUGUCCCACCAUUUUAGGGGAAUGCGCGAAGGAGACUAUCUGGCUAUAAAAGGACCAAAGGGCCGUUUCAAGUAUCAACCAAAUCAAGUGAGAGCAUUUGGAAUGAUUGCUGGAGGUUCUGGAAUUACCCCAAUGUUUCAGGUUGCUAGGGCAGUUCUUGAAAAUCCCAGUGACAAAACAAAGGUUCACCUGAUUUAUGCUAAUGUUAUGCUUGAGGACAUUCUCUUGAAGGAUGAAUUGGAUAAUCUUGCAAGAACAUACCCCGAUAGAUUCAAAAUCUACUACGUGCUCAAUCAACCUCCUGAGAUAUGGGAGGGAGGCGUUGGAUUCGUAUCAAAAGAGAUGAUUGAAGCUCACCUCCCACCUCCGGCUUCUGACAUCCAGAUGCUGAGAUGCGGUCCGCCUCCCAUGAACAAGGCCAUGGCUGGCCAUCUUGAUGCUCUUGGCUACGCCUCAAAGACCCAGUUCCAGUUCUAACUCUGUUCAACAACUUUGGCCUUCAUUUUUAGCAAUCUUCAUAGACAUACUGUUUUCAACAGCAUAAGGGCAUUAGUGUUUUCUUCCAAAACUUGUUAAAAAUCACGAGCUCUAUAAGCUUUACAUGAUACAGUGCUCGUUCAUUAAAUGGGCCAAGAUAUAAGUCAUCAAAUGAAUUUUUGUUUGGACAUGUUUAUGUUGUGAUUGUGAAGUUUGGGUCGUGCUA